UGACUUAAGUCAUGGUCAUUUUCUGAAGUUGAGUAAAUGCAAUCAGCUCUUAUGACGUCUCUGCCAUUAAUGUUUGGUCAACGAAUAUACAUCAUGGGAAAUAACUUCAUUAUUUUAAAGUACAGACAUCAUCGCUUCUAUUUGCCUACAGUUUAAUUAAUCUGAUGUGAUCAUUACAAUAUCUUAAAAUAUGUUACUAACCUUGGAUGAUAAAAAUGUCAAUAAAUACCAUGAUUUCAAUGACUCACCGUCAUCGUCUGGAAAAGGUCACCGACGAAGCGAAGCGUUUAAAACUCGGUUGAAACGUGAUAUAGAAGGUCAACGAGUUAAGACAUAACUUCCUGUUACCUAAUGCCAGCACUAGGAUGCUGGGAUAGAAAGCUGUAAGUGUUAAUUGAAUGAUGCUAUAUAAAUGCAGACGUUACGUGAAUGUGGCGUGUUUGCUCUACGUGAUCGACGAUGGUACAUAAUCAGUUAAUAGUGGUCCUUGGAAGUGGCCAUGUGGGAAAGACAAGUGUACUACAAAAGUACCUGAACGGUACCUUUUCCUGUAAAUACAACGAGACAAUUGAAGAUAUGCACUGCCAUAACGUUUCUAUCGACGGGAAACAAGUCAUGACUAAGUUCUUAGACACAUCAGGAUCUAUUGAAUUCCCUGCUAUGAGGAGGCUAGCUAUACAGAAGGCAAACGCUUUUAUGCUCGUGUUUGCUAUUGAUAGCAAAGAUUCGUUUGCUGAGGUGAAACGAACAUGGAAGGAGAUAAAGCUUACAAGAAAUGAUCACAGAGAUAUACCAUGUAUUGUUAUAGGUAACAAACUGGACAGGGAAAACUACCGAGAGGUGGAGUGUUUUGAAGCAAUGAACUGGGUAGGCCAAAACGGUUUGGAAGGAAUGAUGCAAGAAGUAUCUCCAAAAACAGGGAGAAAUUUUGAGAACGUUUUUACAAAACUAUUCGAACAGAUGGGUUUAUGCAGAGCACUUCCAAAAACUGUAACCAAGAAGAAGUUAUGUAAGAAAUCACUUAUUGAAAAAUGUGACAAAAAUGCAAUUGCAAGCCGUAUAACAAGAUUAUUUAAUUGGUUUGCCUGUGGAAAAACGAAAACAACUGAAUAAUUUGAGUGGCUGAUUACCUAGAUAUAAUAUGCUUUACCGUUCAGUAAAUAUAAUCAUCGUCGUCGUCUUUUCAAAGGCUUCACUUGGUUAAUAAAUAUCAAAACGAUGGAAUUGAUGAUGAUUUUCGUUACUUUGUGUUUGUUUCUGCAUAAUGUAACAAUUGUGUUAAAACAGGACAACACAAAACUUCUUUUCAAUGCAUAACGGAUCUCCGUAACACAGCCAAAAACUGAAACUAAGUGUGAAACUGUCUAUAAGAAAAAACCCGAUACAGUUGGACAAGGAUCAUUAGCAACAGGUGUUCGUCUUUU